GUCUAUUGGAGGCAAGUAUAAAAAAAUGCAUGGGAAUUGAGAAAUGGUACUUGAGCAAAUAUGGGAGAAAAAGAAAACACAAGUUCAUGCCAAGCUUGCCAGCAAAGGGAAUGCAAAGGCGCUGAUUUUGAAUGCUAUGGAAGGGGUCAAGCCCAAUGAGAUGAUGAUAUGUUAUGCUGAUGAACAAGCGUACGCAAGAUUAUGUCAUUGUGAAACAACGAAGCUCAUUUUAUGUCAUAGAGAAGCACUCGACAAAAUGGGCAAACUAAGUCAAACCUCAUUGUCUCAGCUGGUAUUCACUACAUUGAGUUUAGAAUUGCAAGAUGUCAGAAGACUUGUUUUUCAUGUUUGCACUGCUAGAAUGAACUUGAGUGAGGAGGUAGACUGGGGAGUUUAUCAUUCAGAAAUUCGAGAUUCAGGCCUUCAGAUUGUUACAGUUGGUUCAUUUACAUAUCAAGGCACGAGUGGAUGGUGGAAAUAUGUCAUUGGUACUUGGAGACUUUGAGUUGAUUCAAGAUGAAUGCCACAUGCUUAAAGAUCAUGAGAAACACGUACUUGUGCCUCAUAUUCCCCAAUUAUUGCUGGAUGCGGAAAAAUUUCUGAGGUAACAAUUCUGCAUUCUAGAUUGGAGGCUCUUUUGUUGUGUCAUUUUGAUGUCAGUGAAUUAAUGACACCUCUGGGAGUAGCAAAUCAAAGUGAGUCUACCUAACUGGAAAGUUAGACUAAAAAAUUCAACCUCAAGUCCCGAAGGAAAUUUUGAAUAUGAUUUGGAUAUUGCAAACUUGAUUGAGAGCAUGAGAAUUAAUGCCCAGCAUAGAAUUAUUUAUAUGCAAAUUGCACCUUCAGCCAUGCAUUGUUUUGAGUUCAUGCUUCCAAUUAUCAAUGUUGGAAUUUUGACUAUUGUGCCAUCAUCUAGUCCUGCCUGGGAUUUUCAAAAUGAUCAUCUUGGGCCACCCAUGCCUACUUCUGGUUAUUUUGGAGUCAAUGUUGUGAUAGGAGUCUAUGAGCAAGCAAAUGAGAAAGCAACCUUGUCUUAUAUCUGCUAUUUUGUUGGGAAAUUAUUUCACGAGUGUCAAGCAGCUCAGUUACAAAUUCAGAAGGGAGAUCAACAGCUUCAAUUGUUCUUACCUUAUGUUAUUAUGCUGGAAGUGGGAGAAACAUUUACUACUUGGGAGUGGCUACAUAUAAGGGAUGGAGGCAGUAGUAGAGAAUGUCUUGUAGUACUUACAGAGACCAAUGAAAUAUGUGUUGCACAUGCAAUUGUUCCCUCAGAGAGUGCAUACUCGGCAUCAGAUGAAGAUGAACAGCCUUUGUUUCUAAAUGUCAUUUUCCAGGACCUUGAUUUCUCCACUUAUGCAGAUGAUAAUCUUGACGUCUUAUUUCAGGGUCUCGGUGACAAUAGCCUUGCUGCUCUUCAUUGUUUUCAUGCCACUAUCUUGGGAAUAUUGAACACAAAUGCUGCUGCGUUUGACAAUACAAUGGCCUCCCUGCUGAUCAAUGUGGUUGAUUAUGCUCUUGUUAUUUCACUUCAUACCUUUCUGAUUCUCGAUGA